GGAGCAGAUCAAGAGGGUGAAAGACUCAGAUGAUGUUCCCAUGGUGCUGGUGGGAAAUAAAUGUGACCUACCAGCCCGGACAGUGGAGACCCGACAAGCGCAGGACCUGGCCCGGAGUUAUGGGAUCCCCUACAUAGAAACGUCUGCCAAAACCAGACAGGGCGUUGAAGAUGCCUUCUACACCUUGGUGCGGGAGAUCCGUCAGCACAAGCUGCGCAAGCUGAAUCCCCCAGAUGAGAGCGGCCCCGGCUGCAUGAACUGUAAAUGUGUGAUAUCGUGACUACGCUGACUGGACCGUGUCUUGGAGAGGUUCCCACCGUGCAGAGCGCAAGUAAAGAGGUGAAGCGAAGGAAGAUGCAAACGGAUUCAGGGGAGGAGUGUAGGGGGAGGGGGAGAGGAAGAGGAGGAGGAGGAAGAGGACGGGGGAGCAUGAGCCCCUCCAAGGACUAUCUCGCACUUCACCCAAGCCUGCGGCAAACGACUUUUUUCUUUUUUUUCUUUCCCCAUCCCCUCCUCCUUUGGCCUCCUCCCACCCCGGCAACUGUACAAAGCCACAGAUUGAAUCACAGUAAAUUAUUAUUUGAUGGUCUCGACAAA